AUGGAAAUCGAAACGUUAAUUCUAAACGGCGAUGGUGAAACGAAAGAAACUAUUGAAAAAAGAAAACACGAAAAUAAAUUUCAAUGGAAUAUACUUCAUACAAGUGUUGAUCAUAGAGAAAUUAUUCUAAAAGCUAUUUUUAGUACAGAUUUUAUUCCUGAUGAUGAUCAAAAAUCUUUUCAAAUAGAAAAUCUUGAUGAAAUAACAAAUGAAUUAAAUGAAAUGUUAAAUAAAACAAAAAUUGUUGUUAUUCAAGGUAUAUUUCAUAAUUAUUUUACACUAAAAAAAUCUCUCGAACUGAAAUGUUUAAAUCAUUUAUAUGGAAAAAUUCUUCAAUUAAAUAUUCUGAUCUCAUCAUCAUCUUCUGAUCAAUGGAAUAUAGAUGAAUUAAAAAAUGAAUUUCAUCGAAUGUUAAUAUUUCCUUUAAUAAUUCAAUUUUCGAAUAAACAAUAUCAAACAAUACCUAUGAAAAUAUGUUCUUUAACCGAAAUAUCUGAAGAUAAUUCAAUUUCAAUUCGAUUAAAAAAAGAUUCUUUUCAAUCAACAAUAAGAACGAAAAGAAAAAAAUUUUCUUUAGAUAAAAUAUUAAAACGAUCUGUUUGCUUAAUGAAUCCAGGAAAAAUAUCUCUUGUUUUAAUGGCUGGAGAAAAAGGUACAGAAAUUCGAGAUUAUAAAAAUAAUCAAAUUAAUUUAUUAAAUCAAAAUCAUUUAUCUGUUACUAUUUAUGAACAUACAGUUUAUUUAAUACGUAUUGAAUUAGAUUGCUCUUGGCAAUUAAAUUCAGAUCUGUUUGAAAAAGGUUGUAAUCUUGCGCAAGAUGUUAAUGUUUAUAUUGAUAUUAAUAAUGAUGGAAUUUUUCAAUCAAAUGAAAGUGGUAUACCUUUUCAUUGGCCAAUUACGAGUUAUAUGGCACAAGGUAUUUAUGAUUUACAAUUAUAUAUUCCUUUUAUUAAUAAUAAACAUUUAACAAAUGGUAAACAUCGAAUGAUGAUUAAUGUUAUGCCAACAGAUAAUUAUCAAGAAAUUUGCCAAGAUAAACAAUAUAAUGAAAGUAGAUUUUACGAUAUUAAUAUUAUUUCAAGAACAACAGAGAUAAGUAAGAUUUUCAUUUUAUCAAAUUAUCAACAAAGAUCAACUAACGAAAUAAUUUUUUUCAUUAAAACAAUAAUUAUCGAAAAAAAGCUUGAUAUCUUUUGAUAAAGAAUUUUCCAAUGGAUCGUUUCAGCGAUGUUUAUAUUGUGAGAGCUUUCGUUUAGCUCGACUAUCUCUUUAACUUGUGACCAGUGGCGGAUCUUGGAAGGGAGGGGCGAUUUCGGCUCAAAACUAUUUUUGAGUCCAAUCGAACUAGUGUGAACCAAUUUUUUGUUCAUUUUUGCUGUAAAAAGUCAAAAAAUAUUUCUGAAGAAGGGGACGACCACCCCCAUCACCCACCCCUAAAUCCGCCACUGCUUCUGACAAUAGAAACGCUUCUAUUGUAAAUAAUGAUAUGAGUAUUACAGUU